CCAUCUCUAUCUUCUAUCCCUUCAGGCUUUUCAAAUAAGCUUCUUUCUCUUGUGCUUCUUCUUUUUGGCGUUUGUUAAUGGACGCCUCAAAGUUUCUUUCGUGUUUUUUAUUAGUUUGGUUUCUUUGUAUGGUUUGCAACAAUGGUAUUGUCAAAGCGUCUCACAAGGUUCACCCAGAGUUGCAGUCUAUGCCUGCCGUUGAGGUGAAACAACUUCAUAGAACUGGGUUCCAUUUUCAGCCUCCUAUGCAUUGGAUUAAUGAUCCAAAUGGACCCAUGUACUACAAAGGAGUCUACCAUCUUUUCUACCAGUACAACCCAAAAGGUGCAGUGUGGGGCAACAUUGUGUGGGCCCAUUCAGUAUCAAAGGAUAUGAUCAACUGGAAACCCUUAGAUCCAGCCAUCUACCCCAGCAAGCCGUUCGAUAUAAAUGGGUGUUGGUCUGGGUCUGCCACAAUUCUCCCAGGAGAGAAGCCCAUUAUUCUCUACACUGGAAUUGACCCUCAGAAUCGUCAGGUCCAAAACCAAGCCGUUCCAGCAAACUACUCCGACCCAUAUCUCCGUGAAUGGGUAAAGCCCGAUAACAACCCUAUAAUUGUUCCCGUUGGAGGAGUGAAUGCGAGCGCUUUUCGUGACCCAACGACAGCAUGGUGGAGCAAUGGCCAUUGGAAGUUUGUCGUAGGCAGCAGGAGGAAGCAUAGAGGGAUGGCAUAUUUGUAUAGGAGUAGGGACUUUGUGCAUUGGGUUAAGGCUCAGCACCCUCUGCAUUCAUCGGCCAAUACGGGUAUGUGGGAAUGCCCGGAUUUUUAUCCGGUCUCCUCUUCUAGGAAAAGUGGGUUGGAAACAUCAGUUCUUGGGCAAAACGUAAAGCACGUGUUGAAGGUGAGUCUUGAUCUUACCAGGUACGAGUACUAUACACUUGGAACAUACGAUCCUCGAUCUGAUAGGUAUGUACCUGAUAACACAUCUGCCGAUGGUUGGAGUGGUCUAAGAUAUGACUACGGAAACUUUUAUGCCUCAAAGACCUUCUUUGAUGCCGGGAAGAACCGAAGGAUUUUGUGGGGUUGGGCUAAUGAAUCGGAUACGCCUAAUAACGAUACUUCUAAAGGGUGGGCUGGGAUUCAGCUUAUUCCAAGGACGGUGUGGCUUGACACUUCUGGGAAGCAAUUGUUACAAUGGCCUAUUAAAGAAUUGGAAACUCUUAGAGGGGAGAAAGUUCAUAUAAGCAAUCAACAAAUCAAACAGGGAGAUCACUUUGAGAUCAGAGGAAUUACUGCUGCUCAGGCCGAUGUUGAUGUAACCUUCCGGCUGUCAAGCUUGGAUACGGCCGAGCAAUUUGAUCCUAGUUGGGUUAACGCACAAGCAUUAUGUGGCCAAAAAGGCUCGACAGUUCAAGGCGGGAUUGGUCCAUUUGGGUUGUUGACACUAGCUUCUGAAAAUCUAGAAGAAUAUACUCCUGUCUUCUUUAGAGUUUUCAAAGCUUCAGAGGGGCAUGUAGUUCUCAUGUGCUCUGAUGCAAGAAGUUCCUCUUUGAGACGUGAGCUAUAUCGACCAUCAUUUGCAGGCUUCGUAAACGUGGAUUUAGCAGACGGGAAGCUUUCUCUUAGGAGUUUGAUUGAUCAUUCCGUCGUGGAAAGUUAUGGAGCAGGAGGAAAAACAUGCAUCACAUCAAGGGUUUAUCCCACACUUGCAGUCUUCCAAGAUGCUCACUUAUACGCAUUUAACAACGGGUCAGAGACUGUUACCAUUGAGAAUCUAAAUGUAUGGAGCAUGAAAAGCGCUCAAAUAAGCUAAACGGAGAGAAUGAUAAAGAAGUGACAAAAAAGAAUAGUGUGAGCAGGUAGAAGCGCAUGGGAAAAGAAUAAAUAAUCAUAUAUUAGGUCGUUAAUGCAGGUUUGUGGGUGGGUUAUAGAUCCAUGCCAGUAUUGUGGAUGUCUUUAGUUUUAUGUAGCUCCAAUGCAUUUGGUAUGUAAUUUGCUGAGAAAUUACUUCGGAACUAGUGAGUGCAUGAUAUUGCAAAUCAUUAGAUUGGUAUUUAUUAUAUUUGUUUCUCCAAUUUCUUUUUGGCUCUGGUCAAAUUCUACUAAUUCCUGGCCCUAAUCUACCGGCCGAUAUAUGAAAAUGAGUCUCUUACU